GUGGCGGCUUUUUGAAUUUGCCUCUUCGUCCUUCCAGCGGGUGCGGCGCGAUGUCGUUCCCGAAGGCUCCUCUCCGGCGCUUCAACGAGGCCCCGACUUGUGCCCCACCUCCAGGUUCUUAUGACAUCAAAACUUCAGACCCUUCAAAAGGACCUGUGUCUUUUGACAAGUCUGAACGAUUCAAAGUACAUGCAGGGGAUCCUGAAUCUCAGCAGAAUGCAAGCAGUUUUAAACAGCCACCCUCUCCAUCAACUGGUAGAAAAUUGGAAUCUUUUCGUUCAAGAUCCAGCAGUUCAGGAAAGAGACCUGAAAAGGAUUUGGCUGCCAUGAAAGACUCAAGAAAGCAAAGGGAGCUAGAAAAAGAGAUUCGAGUACUAAUUGGAGAACGAAACCAGAAGGACAAAAGGCUGCAGGCUUUGGAGGACGAUCUUGCCAAAUCUGAAUCGAAACUCUGUGCUUUGUUGAGGGAGAAAAACUCUCUUUUGGCAAAUGUUGCUUCAUUGGAAAAACAUCUUCUGGAACUGAGGAGAAGCAAUGAAUUGCUGAAAACAAAGUGUUUUGAAGAAGGAACACAGAAGAAAAUGAACAAUCUAUGGACUGAAGUGAUGAAGCUUAGGCACCAGCUGAAUGCUAGGAAGAUAGCCCUUGUUAAGCAGGGAAACAUGGAAACAAAGCUGAACGCAGCCCAAGAAACUUUGGAGCAUUCAAAAGAGAAAGCAGCACCACAGGAAGAACAGCUUACUGCAAGUGAGAGUGAGGCUGAAGAGAAAUGUGACUCAGAUCAACUGUUGGAAUAUAUUGCAGAGCUUGGCAAUGUUGCAGCGCAGUUUGAUGAUAAAUACACACUGGAAGUUGCCAGGUUAGAGGAAAUAAUAGAAGCCAAGAGCAGGGACAUUGAAGCAUUGAAAAAUGAUCUUCAAGUGAAAGAAGCAACAUUGUCUACACAAACUGAAGAGCUGAAUGAGAAGUGCAAGAUGCUUGAACAGCAAAAAGAGAAGAUUGUAAGAGAACAUGGAGAAAAGGAACAAUCUGCGAAUGCUGAGAUAAAACAACUGAAGGAACAAUUGGAUCUAGAAAGACAGGAACACCACAAACUGAAGGAAAUCUGCAGGGAGGAAUCUGUUGCUAUUCAUCAAAAGCUGCUUGCAUUCCAAGAAGAGGUGGCUAAAGAGAGAGAGGUUUUAGAGAGAGAAUUGAAGGAAACCAUGAAUGAAGUGGAUAAACUGCACACCGAGGAAAAUGAAACAGAGAAACUUUUGAAGCACUUGGAGGAAGAAACCAAAUCCCAAGCUGAGGAGUUAGCCCAGCUGGAAGCAAAACUGAAAAGGAAAAAUACAGAAUUGAAAAAAAUGGCUGAAUUCCACAGCAGUGCUAUUGAGAAGAUGCAAGAAGAGCAUAACACCACCAUGUGUAAACUUGGAGAGACCACUGCUGAAUUUGAAAUUUACAAAGCUCAUGUGACUGAAGAAAUUGCAUGCCUCAAACAAGAGAAGACGACUAUGCAGGAAAAGAUACUUGAGAUGAGCAAAACAAUCCAUCAGAGAACUGAAGUGGUGCAAGAGGUUCAACAGGCUAAAGUGCAGGCAAAGGAAGAAUGUGAAAGGAUGCUCCUGGAUGCCCACACAAAACUAGCCUUAAAAGAUGAGGAAAUAAAAAGAAUCAAGGAAUCAAGUGUUGAGCAAAUUGCUAAUCUACAAGCAAGACUAAAAAAGCAAAGUGAAGACUUCAAGAAGCAACUGGAGGUGGAAAGGAGAACUAUUGCAGAAAAAUUGGAAGCAGAUUAUAAAGAGGGCAUAGAAACCUGGCGUGUCCUUUAUGAAGACCUGUCUAAUAAAGUGAAACCUUUUCAGCAACAACUUGAUGCAUACGAGGCAGAGAAGAAUGCCCUUCUGAAUGAGCAUGGUGCUGCUCAAGAUGAGCUGAACAAAAUUAAUGAUGCCUAUGCUAAGUUGCUGGGCCAUCAGAAUCAGAAGCAAAAAAUCAAACAUGUAAUGAAACUGAAAGAAGAGAACAGCCAGCUGAAGCAGGAAUUAUCAAGGCUACGCUCCCAACUAGCAAAGGAAAAACAAGUUCGGGGAGAGCUCCAGGAUCAGAUUAAUGCAAUCCAGGGUGUCAAGCGAUUUGAUCCUUCAAAAGCUUUUCAGCACAGUGCAAAAGAAAACAUGGCUCUAAGAACACCUUUUCAAGAAAGAGGUAACAGAAGAAAAACCAAGCUGCUUUCUGCUGAAGAGGAAGAAAUGUACAGAAGCUUCAGGGACUGUGUUUGAGAAGAAGAUAACUGAGCUAUCUUAUUUGAAUUGUGUGUUUAUAUGUAGGAUAUAUCAGUGCAACUUGAUUAUUUGAUGGGGAUCGUUUAUAUAUAUAAUAAAGCAAUAAUAAAGCAAUUGACUAUAA